CGGACUUUGUUAUGGAUUUACCUUUCCGUUUAUUCCCUGUUAAUGGCUAAUAUGAGUUUUGAGCUAAUUUUCAAUGUGUUUGAGCAUCAAAACUUUAAUAAAUUUAACAAGGGAAUGGUGUUUUUUUUAUAAGUGAAAUAGAUUGUUGCUUUUUGGUCUUUAAAUGUGAGCUCUAACAUGGUUUUAUAUGAAUGCAAAGAGUUAUUAAGCCUUGCAGGGUGUUUUUCUUGGUUCAAGGAGGUAUGUGAAAUGUUGGGGUUUUUUCUCCUUUCUUUUUAAGGCUGUUUUCAUAGGGUGUGUGCUUUAGAGUUUGAUGUUUCAUAAGGAAAUUAUGAUGAAAUGCUUUCUUAUUUUCUUGAUCAAACGAAACUUGACAUUGGAUUUGCACUUUUUUGAGGUUGAUGUUAUGGUAAUUUGUCUUCUUUAUGUUAUUUUCUCUUGCUCAGAAUUUUGAGUUUGAAGUUUUCCAAGGGUAAAAGAUAGCUAGCUUUCUUGAAUUUAAGUGAAAAUGAAGUUUGUUGGUUGAGUUAUUUAAAAGAACCACAUGUGUGCAUGUGCGUGCAUGCGUGUUCAGUUAGUUUAAAGUGUAUUUGUUGAACUUGAGGACCUUUUCUGUUUUAGCUCUACUUUGGAAAGAAUUAAAAGAUUUGAGCUCUUUCGAAUUAAGCAUGUAUAUGGGGUCCAUUUCAUGUUUCUUUUUGUGUUCUUUGGUCAUUUUGCGUCUUCUUAUGCUAUACAUAUGUUCCGGUAAACUAACUUAUACUUUACCUUUUUGUAUAUUGAUAGUUUUGCUGUAAGUGGAAAACCGAGCGAGUGGAGAAAUCCUUUAGUUGGAAUCCUGUAGUUGGAAUCGAAGAUUUUAUGCAUCUUAGUUUGUAGUCUCAGCGUCUUUAAACAAUGUUCUUUGGUCCAGAAGACAAUGUGGCUGAAUACUAUCAGCAGCAGGUGGAAAUGCUCGAGGGUUUUAAUGAAAUGGAUGCCUUAGCUGAACGUGGUUUUAUUCCUGGAAUGUCGAAGGAAGAAAGGGAAAAGUUGGCUAGAAGUGAGACGUUAGCCAUUAGAAUUUCCAAUGUUGCAAACAUGGUUCUUUUUGCUGCUAAAGUUUAUGCUUCUGUCUGGAGUGGUUCGUUAGCUAUAAUUGCAUCCACGUUGGACUCGCUUCUCGAUCUUCUGUCUGGCUUUAUCCUCUGGUUUACUGCGUUCUCUAUGUCAACACCAAAUCCAUAUCAGUAUCCUAUUGGAAAGAAAAGAAUGCAGCCAUUGGGUAUCCUUGUUUUUGCCUCUGUCAUGGCAACCCUUGGCCUGCAGAUAAUCUUGGAGUCUGUACGAACCAUGGUAUCAGAUGAUGAUGAAUUCAACCUGACGAACGAACAAGAACGGUGGGUUGUUGGCAUUAUGCUCGGAGUGACCCUGGUAAAGCUUUUCCUCGUGUUUUAUUGCCGCACAUUUACAAACGAAAUUGUCAAAGCGUAUGCCCAAGAUCAUUUCUUCGACGUUAUCACAAACAUCAUCGGCCUCAUUGCUGUGCUGCUCGCAAAUUACAUCGAUGAUUGGAUGGACCCAGUUGGAGCUAUCAUUCUGGCUCUAUACACUAUCCGGACAUGGUCGAUGACAGUACUAGAGAACGUGAAUUCAUUAGUCGGAAAAUCAGCAGCUCCGGAAUACCUUCAGAAACUAACAUACCUGUGUUGGAACCACCACAAGGCCAUAAGACAUAUCGAUACCGUCCGAGCCUACACCUUCGGGUCUCACUACUUUGUGGAAGUCGACAUUGUACUCCCAGCAAACAUGGCAUUGCAAGAAGCUCAUGACAUUGGGGAAUCAUUGCAAGAAAAGCUGGAGUUGCUGCCUGAGAUUGAGCGUGCCUUUGUUCAUCUGGAUUAUGAAUUCAGUCACAAACCUGAACAUGCACAAGCACAUGCUUUGUAGACAAAUAAAUAACCUAGGAUGUCUUAAAUGCUAUGUCUAUGAUCCUUCCCCCCCCCCCCCCCUCCAACCCUCUUCCCCCUUUUUUUUCCUGGGAUUUUACCAUCAAAUUCUAUGAUGUAUGCUGGGUGAAUUGAGCCAUAUAAAAGCAAUUUAAACUUUAUGGCAAACGUUUGUAAAUGCAACAUGUUUAAUUUAAUUUAGUUGGUGUCAUCAAGUGAUGCUAAUUCUGAAAAAUAAAA